AUGCCGUGGUUCCCGUUUUUUAUACUAAUUAUUUACCUCUCAACAACUGGUAAGAUUUUUUGUGAAAAACAAUUCGUGUUAGCUGAAUUUUUUUUUUCCAGAAGCUUUGAAAUGUUAUCAAUGCAAUGGUUGGCAUGGAGAAUACCCUUUGAGAUACAGUACUGCUGCAACUUGUGACAAUCGAAAUAAUCAAUGUGAAACUACACAAUUUUGUGUGAAAAUUAUCGAUCCAAUGUCACCAAAUGUCAAUUAUGUCACAUACAAAAGUGAUUGUUUCUAUCAAACACAAAUUCAAGUGAAUCCCACAAAUUUGAGCUAUGUUCAAGGAAAAAUGUGUUUCCCUUAUCAAGACGGAAGUGCCCCUGUCAAAAGGUUUGUCUACUGUUUUUUUAAAUCAAGUUAUUGAUUUUUUUAGAUGGUAUUAUUGUUUUUGCAAUGAUCGAGAUUACUGUAAUUCGGGAUAUUCGACGACGACAAAUUGGGCAAUUAUUUUGGUUUUUUCCUAUCUCUCAUUUUCAUUUUUGUAA